AUGGCACCAGUACAGGAAGAAACUAAGGAUCACCAACAAACACCUGCGGUUGCCAAAGAUGCAAACCCGCCAAAAAAACAUGUGGACAAGGAAGAAGAAUUAUCUGAGGAAGACCAGCAAUUUAAAGAAGAAUUAGAACUGAUAGUGGAGAAAUUGAAGGAGCCAAAUCAAUCGGAAGACCAAUAUGCCAAGUAUUUGGAAUCGUUGAAGAGAUUCAUUCAAGACUCUACUACCUCCAUGACUGCCGUGCCUAAACCAUUGAAAUUCUUAAGACCAAGCUACCCCGACUUGACUGAAUUGUAUGAUGAAUGGAGUAAGAAAUUUGGUGCUAAAAACGCAGUCGUAUCCAGCUUGGCCGAUAUCUUGUCAAUAUUGGCAAUGACAUACUCAAACGAGGGCAAAAAGGAAUCGGUAAAGUAUAGAUUAUUGUCAAACACUGACACUAUUCAAGACUGGGGUCAUGAGUAUUUGCGCCACUUGGCCUUGGAAAUAGGAGAAUCCUAUCAAGAAAAUCUCGGUGUUGACGAAGGAUUGGUGUUGAAGUUGACUCAAUUAGCAUUGAAAAUUGUUCCCUACUUUUUGCAACAUAAUGCUGAAGGAGAUGCAGUGGACUUGUUAUCAGAGAUUGAGAUGAUUGAUAAAUUGCCUCAAUUUGUCGAUGACAGCACAUAUGCAAGAGUUUGUCUUUAUGUUACUAGUAUGGUACCAUACUUGGCUCCACCUGAUGACCUUUCCUUUUUAAACACAGCUUUUGCCAUAUACUUGAGCCACGGCCAAUUGACUCAAGCCUUGACCAUAGCAAUUAAGUUGGAUGACAAAGAGUUAAUAGAUCAAGUUUUUAAUUCGACAAAAGAUGAGUUGGUUCAUAAACAAUUGGGUUUCAUCUUGUCACAACAACGCAGCAAUUUCAAGUUACCAGAGGAAAACCAAGAAGUUCAAGAGACUAUAAGUAAUGUCAAGUUGAGUGAAUAUUUCCAGUACUUGAUCAAAGAGUUGAACUUGUUGGAUCCCAGAGUUCCGGAAGAUGUUUACAAGUCGCAUUUGGAAAACUCAAAGUAUGGUUUGGGAACCUCUGGAUCCAUUGACUCCGCUAAGCAAAAUCUUGCAGCUGCGUUUGUCAAUGCUUUUUUGAACCUUGGAUUUGGUAAAGACAAGUUGGUCAAGUCAGAAGAGGAUAACAAGUCUUGGAUUUAUAGAACAAAGGGUAAAGGUAUGGUAUCCACUACAGCUUCUUUGGGUUCACUCCACCAGUGGGAUGUCAACGAAGGGUUGCAGGUUUUGGAUAAAUACACUUAUUCUGAUGAUCCAGAAGUUAAGGCUGGUGCUUUGUUGGGUACUGGUAUUGUGUCUGCCAAUGUCCACGACGAUGUUGAUGCAGCACUUGCAUUAUUGCAAGAUUACGUCAACGACUCUAACAAAUUGUACCAGACUGCUGCAAUCAAUGGGUUGGGUAUUGCAUUUGCCGGCUCUGCUAAUGAGGAAGUGUUGAACUUAUUAUUGCCAUUGGUCUCCGAUUUGGACGCGCCAUUAGAGGUUUCGUGUUUAGCUGCAUUGGCUUUGGGACAUACUUUUGUUGGAACAUGUCAUGGAGACAUAACUUCAACCAUUUUGCAAACGUUAUUGGAAAGAGAUUUUGCCCAAUUGGCCAACAAAUUUAUCAAAUUUAUGGCAUUAGGUUUGGGUCUUUUGUACAUGGGUAAGACUGAACAAGUUGAAGAUGUAUUGGAGACCAUCGACGCUAUUGAACAUCCAAUCAGUAAGACCUUGAAAGUGUUGGUCAAUAUUUGUGCCUAUGCUGGUACUGGUAACGUUUUGCAAAUCCAGGCAUUGUUGCAAAUGUGCGCAGCUAAACCGAAAGACCAACUUGAUGAAGAAAAGAAAUUGGAGCAAUCUGAAGAAGAUCAGCAAAAGGCGGAACAAAAGGCUGAAGGAGACGGUGAUGUUGAUAUGGAAGAUGCAAAAGAAAGCAAUGAAACCCAAGAAGGUGAAUCGACGGAAAACAAAGCUAAUGAAACUGAAGCAACCGAGACUGAGAAUAAAGAAGAGGCUGAGAACAAGGAAGAGGCCGACAAUGAUGAAGUGGAUGAAGAUGAGGAAUUAUACCAAGGAAUUGCAGUGUUGGGUUUGGCCAGUAUUGCUAUGGGCGAGGAUAUUGGUCAGGAUAUGUCAUUACGUCAUUUCGGGCAUUUGAUGCAUUACGGAAAUUCAUUAAUACGUAGAGCGGUGCCAUUGGCUAUGGGAUUGGUCUCAGUGUCCAACCCGCAGAUAAAGGUUUUUGAAACUUUGUCAAGAUAUUCACACGACCCAGAUUUGGAAGUUGCGCAAAACUCCAUCUAUGCCAUGGGUUUAGUUGGUGCUGGUACAAACAAUGCAAGAUUGGCACAAUUGUUGAGACAAUUGGCUUCGUACUACAUCAAAUCGCCCGAUACGUUAUUUAUGGUUAGGGUUGCCCAAGGUUUAUUGCAUUUGGGUAAGGGAACCUUGACAUUAUCGCCUUUCAAUAUAGAAAGAACCGUGUUGUCUAAUACGGCAUUGGCUUCAUUGUUGACCUUAUCUGUUGCAUUAUUAGACCCAAGAGCAUUCAUUUUGAAUGAUUCAACAACAGAAACAAGUCAUGAAUUGUUGUAUUAUUUAACCCCCGCCAUCAAACCUAAACUGUUGGUGACUGUUGAUGAAAACUUGCAACCCUUAAAGGUCAAUGUAAGAGUGGGUCAAGCUGUUGAUGUUGUUGGUCAAGCAGGUAAGCCCAAAACCAUUACUGGAUGGGUCACGCAAUCCACUCCAGUGCUAUUAAACUACGGUGAACGGGCUGAACUUGAAAACGACGAAUGGAUAAGUUUGAGCAAUUCGUUGGAAGGUGUCGUUAUAUUGAAGAAGAAUCCUGAAUUCAUGGAUAUAGAUAGUUGA